AAUCUUUCCAGAAGAGGAUUUCCCAAAACAUUUCCCUUCAUGCCCCUCAAGCGCAUAUUUGGGACAGAGUUUGAAGCUCUCAGUUGAGAACUGAUCUCUUGAAGAGCCUGUUAUCUUGACACCCUCUUCGUUCUGCAGUCAGGCAAGAUGGAGAAGGCGUUCCUCUCCCUUCUUGUCCUCGUGAGGGUCUUGGGGUCUUUUGGCCAGCAAGGUUCGGGCCUUGCUGGGAAGCAGCUAGUUUUUCCACAGGCAUCAAACUCUGCCCACGUGGUUCUGAAGGCCGCCCCAAAGCGGCCCUUGACCAGCUUCACCGUCUGCCUGGUCCACUUCACGGACCUCAACCGCCCCCACACCUUCUUCUCUUACGCCACCCGGGGAAGUUUCAACGAGAUCAUCCUCCUCAAAGAAAGAGACAACGUGUACGGAUUUGCAGUUGGGAAUGAAGCGGUGACCUUCACGGACCCGGGAAAAAAAUCGCUCGGCAGGGAGAUCUUGUGUGCGACUUGGGAUUCUGCCACCGGUUUAGCAGAGUUGUGGGUGAAUUCGAAGCGGAUGCCCCGCAAGGGCCUAAGGAAAGGGUACUCAAUAAGUGGGGAGCCGUCGAUUGUGCUCGGUCAAGAGCAAGACACUAUGGGGGGUGGCUUUGACAUAAACGAUUGCUUUGUGGGGGAACUCCAGGAUGUGAGAAUGUGGGACCGGGUGCUCUCCAACGAGGAACUGCAUCUCGCUUGCCUCAACCAAGACGUUCCUGGCGACCCCAUGUUUGACUGGAAAACAGUCGAUUAUGAAAUCAAGGGUUAUGUUAUUGUUAACCCCGUGGCCUACUGAGGCAGGGGUUAUCUGAAAUACAAGAUGCUGUUCUAACAAAAGGUCUCUCUGUGUGUGACUUUUCUUUACUUAGCGAUUCCUGUGUUGAUCUCUGAAGCUUGCUGCAGAAUUCUGUUU